GCCAGGUCGAGCGGAGAGUCUGGUCUAGAAUCAGGUUCAUACGCCCUCAUAAUAUUUCGUGGAAUGGGUCUGUAAUUUGUGCCUAGACAACCUAGAAUGUCAAGCCCUCGUCUAAUUUUGUGCGAAAUUGUCACAGCCACUGACGGAACAUGCACAUGACCCAUGACUGAUGGUGGCUGACAUCCUCCAUCAACUGAUGUGGUGGUUGCGGACCCGACCGCCCCGACAUUUGUGACCGACCUUGACUUUUUGAGACGUGCGCAACAAGCGCGUCAACCCGCCGCGUCUUCGCUUCUUCCCAUGUCCUUGCUGUCUCCAAAAUGGGGUCUGGGUCGCUCACUGCUUGCGCUCGCUCCGGUCCUGCUCCUCGGGUCCAUUGUCGCACUGAGGCACCACUAUAUACUCGUCAAGCCUAACAUCUUACUAACCGACCCGCUGACCCACCUCCCCCAAAUCUCGGAAUCUCGCAUUCUCGACGUCGCACGACAUCUCUCAGAGGGCAUCGGGUACCGCACGGUCGGGACGACCGAGCACGCCGAGGGCGACGCGUGGAUGAUCGCGCAGGCUCAGGCGCUCAAGACCCACUGCGAUGCCGUCGUGCGCGCGGAGCCCGGCCGGCGGCUGGAGUGCGAAGUGUGGCACCAGCGGGGCAGCGGGACGCACCGCUUCGACAUGAUGGGCAAGCGGUUGUACAAGACUUACCAGAACCUCACCAACAUCAUCGUACGGCUGUCGGACGGGACGGACGCGGGAAAAGAGCAUGCGCUGCUCGUCAACUCGCAUGUCGACAGCACGCUCCCGAGUCCCGGUGCGGCAGACGACGCACUGGCAGUCGGUGCAAUGCUGGACUGCAUCCGCGUGCUGCUUGACACGCCGGGCUGGUCGCCGGCGCAUGCCGCGAUCUUCCUGUUCAACAACGCGGAAGAGUCGCUGCAAGACGGCUCGCAUUUGUACUCCACCCAGCACCCCACUGCGGCGACGGUCCGUGCCGUGAUCAAUCUCGAGGCCGCUGGAACGACCGGCCGGGAGCUCUUGUUCCAGGCAACUUCGGAAGAGAUGGUCGAAGCAUAUUCUCGCAUACCGCAUCGCUUCGGGACGAUAUUCGCCAAUGAAGUCUUCAAUUCGGACAGCACUGAUUUCCGGCAAUUUGAAGAGUAUCUGACCGUCCCCGGUCUUGAUAUGGCAGUUGUCGGCAACAGUUAUCUGUAUCAUAUGCGCAAGGAUCUGGUGGAGAACAUCCAAGUCGGAAACAUGGGUGAAAACACACUUGCCCUGGUCAAAUACAUAACCGCCGCUGGUUCCUCGCUGCCCACGGUGCAGAAAAAAGGACAGUUGCAGCUGGUGUUCUUCAGCUUCCUGGAUUACUUUGUGAUGUAUUCCUUCUCCGCCGCCAAAGUGCUCUAUGGGCUGGGUCUCGUUGCUGUUCUGGCAGCGACUCGCUCCGUCUGGCGUGGACAGCGCACGGGCAUCCUCGCUGCGUCGGCCGGUCUGUUGGGUAGUUUGUUUGGUGUGAACCUGCUGGCGGUCAUGAUGAAGGUGGUACUUGGGAAAGGGAUGAGCUGGUUUGCGGGUGGGCAUUUUGCAGUGCUAGCGUUAUACGGCCCAGCUGCUUUACUCGGCGCAUUUGCAUCUCAACUCGCAGUGCCUACUACGAAUGAAAAGGCCGCAUUUGCGUCCAUCUUGCUGCUCCAAUCCGCCGCAGCUUUCGUUCUGCAGCUGAUCAACGUCGGGACAGGCUUGCUGUUCUUCCUGCCUACCUUCCCAUCCUUGGUUUCUCUGCUGCUGAAUGACCAUAUCCUCACUAAGACCAAGUCCGAGCUCUCGCUCUGGACCUAUGUGCUUGCUCAAGCGGUCCCAAUAAGUCUCGGAGCGCAGCUGAUUAUAGUCACGUUGGAGGUGUUUGUACCUUUGACUGGACGAAUGGGAACUGUCCCUGCAGACCACAUUGUAGGUACUCUCGUCGCUGUCCUUGGGUCGCAGGCGCUCCCACUCCUGGUUCCGUUCGCACAUCGGUUCGGCAAGCCUGCUGUACGCAGGAUUGUAUCUAUCCUGGGCUUGGUGGUCGUGAUCAAUAUGGCCGUAUUCGCGGCAAGAAAUCCCUUCGACGAGAUGCAUCAAAAACGACUGUUUGUCAUUCAUGCGGAGAAUGUGACCACAAACGAGCACCACUUGCACCUCGCAACGUCUGAUGGCGCUCCCGGCUUCCCUAAUCUUGUGCAAGAUAUUUCGGCUGCAUUUGGUUCAAAUGGACAGGAGGCCACGGCUGUCGUCAUGAACGAUCACAACACGGAUUGGGAUCCGCUGUACCCGUUCUCUGCCUUCUUGUAUCCCUACAAGAUCCAGCUGCCCGUCGACCCCGAAUACGUCUCACCAUGGACGAAACCGGAGACUGCAUUUUCGCUGACGGCGGUCGAUGACAAGCUGGACAGCGCCGCUGGCACCCGUAGUUUUACGCUCAGAGUGCAUCAUCCGGGCUUAAUCUGGACCGUCAUCGCAUUCGACGCGCAUGUUCUCGAAUGGACGCUCGAUCGCAACCCGCCCGCCGAAUACGCGCGCCACCACGUGAAGGAGGCGUCGUUCGUGGGGACGGACACGUACACGAUCGACCUCGUCGUCAACUCCACCGCGCCCAUCGCGUUCCACUUCAUCGGCAUCCAGGAGACCGCGAUGUGGCCCGCGAAGCAGGCCGUGCCGGAGCGCGGGCCGGCGAUGCAGCUGUUUGCGCGGCUUGAUGCGUGGCUCGAUGAGACCACGGGAGGGACAGUGGAUGCGCUGUUGAUGGGAUGCGUCGCGGGGUCCGUCGUGGUGUAGAUGUUUAUUCAUAGAAUACAGUCUUCCGCUGUUAAAUUGGAGCGCCGUCUUUGGUUCCGCGGCCUUCCUGCAGGUUUGACUCUCCGAGAUGUAAAAUCACCUUUGGCCGUCGAUACUCAUCGACGAUCCGAACCGACCCCCUGCUACUCCUGCAGAGUCAGUCCGGGAUAGUGCAAUUCAUUUCCCUAGAGGGCCGGAAAUAUAGCGGCCUAGUACACCAAAUCUUUGGCUGAGAUAUUGAUUCUUUCGCGGUCAAAGUCCUUCCCAAGAUCCAGACCAGGAUCAGAAGGAUGUCAUUCUUCCACUAUGAUUGCUAGAAGUCUUGUUGAAU